AUGGAAAAGUUCGUCCCACUUAAAAGACGAUCUGCUCUUUUGACGGACCAUUAUACCAUCUGUAACGGUCCAGGGGACUCCGACUUUGAGUGGCAAAGAAGAAAAAUUCUUUACAAAGGAAGUGAAAAACAGACGAAAGAAAUGUUUGAAACCAACUGGGAGUGCUCUGUGAAAGAUGAAAAUGAUACAGAGGAGGAGUUGGAAUCUCCAGCUGCUGUGUUCCUGAAAACUGAACUAGUGAAUGAGGAUGAAGAUGUUCAGAACAAAGCUGGAGGAGCGAUUGAAGGUGGUGUUGCAAUUCAAAAUGAAGAAGAGGUUCAGGAUGAAGCUGUUCAAGAAUAUGGAUUAAUUAAGAAUGAAGAAGUGAAUGAUGAUAAAGAUGGGGAAGAAUUGGAGCCUCCAGUUGCUGUGUUUCUUGAGCCCUUGGUGAAUACAGAAGAUGAUAGUAAGGGGAAGAAGGACCCUCUAGCAACAAGCAUAUUUGGUGACCCAUUUGAGCAAGAAAGUGCAGGUGAAGAAUGUGACCAGUCCGAGACCAUCAGUGAAUUACGGACUCGAGUGGGAAUCCCUGCUGUGGACUUAGUUUGCGUUUGCGGCAUGCGCUUCUGUACAGAAGAACAGGCUGCUGCACAUACGAGCACACAUCCAGAAGCAACACCAUUCCGGUGUCCCAUAUGCAACAAGUUCUUUUCAGUGGAAGAGCAUGCUAUACUUCACAUAGGAACCCACCCUGGACUAAGAUACCAUGAUUGCUCCAUCUGCAAGAAGAGCUUUGCAGAAAGACGGUUGUUAGUUAGUCACAUGUUCACUCACACGGGUGAGAGACCUCAUCACUGCACCAUUUGUGAGAAGAGCUUCGCACGAAGUUUCCAAUUAGUUAAGCACAUGCGAAGCCACACUGGUGAGAGGCCUUAUGAAUGCACCUUGUGCUCAAAGAACUUUGCCUACAGAGACAAUUUGAAUAGUCACAUGAAGACCCACACAGGGGAGAAGCCUUAUCAGUGUGACAUAUGCAAGAAAAAGUUCGCUCACAGGGGAAUGUUAGUAAUACAUACACGCAUUCACACAGGUGACAGGCCCUACCAGUGCAAAAUCUGCAAGUACAACUUUACACAGAGAGCAAAUUUGUACAAGCACAUGCAAACACACACAGAUGAAAAGCCUUAUGAAUGCAGUGUCUGCAGGAAUAGUUUCAAGCAAAAGGAACAGUUGUUUAAACACAUGCGAACGCAUACAGGGGAGAAGCCUUAUCAGUGCAGUAAAUGCCACAACAAAUUCUCCCUAAAAUAUUCUUUAGAUAAGCACAUGCGCAUCCACACUGGUGACAAACCUUAUCAGUGUGAUAUUUGCAAGAACAACUUCACCCAAAAAAGCCAUUUGGUUAUGCACAUGCGUAUCCACACUGGUGACAGACCUUAUCGAUGUAACUUCUGCAAGAACAACUUUACACAAAGUUCAAGCUUAAAAACCCAUAUUCUACGAAUACACGGAAAGAAACUUGAUUAAUUACAUGGGUGAGCAAAAUUUGUUGUAUUAUAUUAACAAUUGUUUUUACCUAAUUUUAAGGUACUAAUUUCAGUUCUUAGGUUCAUUUUUUCUCUGAAGCAAUUGCCAUGUCAAAAUUAGAAUAUUUCAUCUUCUUGUCAUUGAUUCCAUAGUGCAGGGCAGAGAAAUAUCUAAACUUUAAAUUAUCUUUUAUUACUCUGUUAAAAUUAAAAUCUCUUUAAAUUAACUGAUUGAUCUACUAUAUUUGAAUAAAUCUCACUUUUCCCCUUAAAUAUUGCUCAUGAAACACAGUUCAGCUUAUACACAAGACAUUACUGAAAAGAAAAAGAAAGAAGAAAAAAAAUUCAAAUUAAGAGGACCAAUAACUAAUUUACAUUUACUAAAUUUUCAAGUCAUUAAAAUAACUUUCAUCUCCAUUUUCUCCUUCAAUGUCAUUGAAACUUUCAUUACCACUGCUGGUUUCCAUGUGCCAUUAAUAGUUGUCCUUGCUAUCAUCCAUCGUGAUUGAUAUGCCACACACUUAAAAACCAAUUGUGAUCAGGUCCCCUUAAAUUGAUGCCCACUUAUCCAGAAUCUAUAAACUCAUGUUGCUCAGAGUUUUGAUUUCCAACCUUGGAAGUGUGAGCCUGGAAGUUGUCUAAAAUAAGCAUGGAGUGUUUUAUCAAUGCACCAGGCUGCUGUAACCACCUGAAGACUUUCUCAGUAUCAGAGAUGAAUUUCCAAUCAAUUCACAAUAAUUAUUGUAACCUAUGACAUUGAUGUCUGAACAGGUAUCUAAAUCACAAAACACC